GUCAGGCACCGCACCAGGCAGCUACAGCCUGGUGGGGUCCUUUUCCAGUGGGCUGAGGAGAAUUAGCAGUCAACAUGCCGACUGUCGGAGUAAAAAGGGAUCUUCUCUUUAAAGCUUUGGGCAAAACAUACACUGAUGAGGAGUUUGACGAGCUGUGCUUUGAAUUUGGGCUGGAGCUGGAUGAAAUUACCUCAGAGAGGGAGAUAAUCAGCCGAGAGCAGGGUGACUCCAAGGCAUCAGGAGCAUCUGACGUCAUUCUGUACAAGAUUGAUGUUCCAGCUAACCGCUAUGACCUGCUGUGUCUGGAGGGGCUGGUCCGUGGACUGCAGGUCUUCAAGAAUAAGUUGGAGGCACCUCGCUACAGACGUGUAAGCCCAGUCAGCGGGGAACCUCAGAAGCUGUUUAUUACCAAGGAGACGGUGGCAGUGCGACCCCAUGCUGUGGCAGCAGUGUUGAGGAACAUCACCUUUACACAGGAGCGCUAUGACAGCUUCAUCGAGCUGCAGGAUAAACUCCACCAAAACAUCUGCAGGAAGAGGAGUCUGGUGGCCAUCGGGACCCAUGACCUGGACACCAUCUGCGGUCCUUUCACAUACACAGCCAAGCCUCCUGGAGACAUCAGCUUUAAACCCCUGAACCAGACUAAAGAAUACACUGCCACCCAGCUCAUGAGCCUCUACAAGACAGACAGCCACCUGAAGCAUUACCUUCACAUUAUUGAAGACAAGCCUGUAUACCCCAUCAUCUACGACAGCAAUGGCAUUGUCCUGUCCAUGCCUCCCAUCAUCAAUGGUGACCAUUCAAAAAUCACCCUAACGACCAAGAAUGUUUUUAUUGAGUGCACAGCCACAGACCUGACCAAGGCAAAGAUCGUGUUGGACAUGAUGGUGACCAUGUUCAGCGAGUAUUGUUCACAGCCUUUCACGGUGGAGGAGGCUGAGGUGGUGUACCCAGACGGCAAGACCUACAAAUACCCAGAGCUGGCUUACAGGAAGGAGACGUUGUCUAGUGAGUUCAUCAACCGAAAAGUUGGCAUUAAUGAAUCAACUGAGAAAAUCGCCCAGCUGCUGACCAAAAUGUGUCUGCGCUCCCAGGCCACAGGGGUUGGUGAUGAGAUCGAGGUUGAGAUCCCGCCCACACGGUCAGACGUCAUCCACGCCUGUGACAUUGUGGAGGACGCCGCCAUGGCCUACGGAUUCAACAACGUCCCCCACACCACACCACGCACCUACACCGUAGCCAACCAGUUUCCACUGAAUAAACUGACAGAGCUGUUGAGACAAGACCUGGCAGCUGCUGGAUUCACGGAGGCCCUCAACUUUGCCCUAUGUUCUGAAGAAGAUGUAGCAGACAAGCUUGGAAAAAAGAUCUCAGAGACACGGGCGGUUCAUAUCUCCAACCCCAAGACAGCUGAGUUCCAGGUGGCGCGCACCACCUUGUUGCCAGGCCUCCUGAAAACCAUCGCGGCCAACAGGAAGAUGCCCCUUCCUCUCAAACUGUUUGAGAUAUCUGACGUGGUGCUGAAGGAUGAGACCAAAGAUGUUGGGGCGAGGAACAGCCGGCGUUUCUGUGCUGUUUACUACAACAAGAGUCCGGGCUUUGAGGUGAUCCAUGGCCUGCUGGACCGAACCAUGGAACUGCUGGAGGUGAGGUCGGCCUGCGGGGACGGCUACCACAUCCAGGCUGCAGAGGAUUCCACCUUUUUCCCUGGUCGAUGCGCGGAAAUCUUUGCCCAUGGACAGAGCGUAGGGCGUCUCGGGGUCCUCCACCCGGAUGUCAUCACCCGCUUCGAGCUGACCAUGCCCUGCUCGGCCCUGGAGAUGGACAUCGAGCCCUUCCUUGGCCACACUGCAGAAACCACCCUCACACAUGACGUCCCCAUGCAGGAAGUCAUCAAGCACAAGUUCCCCACGCAAGAUGAAUCCUUGCAGGCCCCGUCAUCCAGUCCAACUUCCACAAAAACCGUGUUUGGUGACGUGAGCACGCCAGCCGGCCUUAAAUCUCUCAACGAUUUUCUGGCAGACAAAAGCUACAUAGAGGGCUUUGCGGCAUCCGAUGCUGACAUGGCAAUAUUUGACGCCAUCCCCUCCGCUCCCGGCUCGACCUUCUGCCACCUGAUGCGCUGGUACAACCACAUCAAGUCUUUUCAGAGGGAAAGAGCCAGCCUUCCAUCAGCUAAGAGUCAGUUUGUCCUCCCAGCUACGACAAACGACACCAGCGACGACGACAUUGACCUAUUUGGCUCGGACGACGAGGCCGAGAGCGCAGAGGCGGAUAGAAUCAAGGAGCAGCGCCUCGCUGAGUACGCUGCCAAGAAGUCCAAGAAGCCAGCACUAGUCGCCAAGUCCUCCAUCCUGCUCGACGUCAAGCCCUGGGACGACGAGACGAACAUGGCGGAGCUGGAGCAGUGCGUCCGCAGCGUCAGUAUGGACGGGCUGCUGUGGGGGCAGUCCAAGCUGGUCCCGGUGGGCUACGGCAUCAAGAAGCUCCAGAUAGGAUGCGUGGUGGAGGAUGAGAAAGUGGGCACGGAUCUGCUGGAGGAAGCCAUCACCGCCUACGAGGAUUAUGUUCAGUCUGUAGAUGUGGCUGCCUUCAAUAAGAUCUGAAUCACACAGACAGUACAAAGCACUGAAGUCACCAUCUCAUGUUUUCUGGUGUUAUAGGUGAUGUAAUAUGAAACACAAUUUUCAACCACUAUUCCAACAUGUAAUAAAUAAAAGCUCAGGUCUUUCAUUUUAAAAUACUGUUCAUCCUUUGAUACAAGUACAACAUAUUCUUGCCUUCAAACAUUAAAUAAACUCUUUAUAACUUCUGA